AUGCUUCAAAAAGCCUCCCAACGGGGGUUUUCGUCCACCGCGGCCUGCCUUCGCCGCCGUGUCAUACUGCUCCCUCAGGCCCAGCGUCUGGCCAAGUUUGGCACCUACGAAUUGAUACUUCCUUCACCAGCAAACCUGAAUGGUGACGUACUACGACAAGAACGUCUUCAUGUGCCAGCAGCUAUUCCCAGACCAGAAUAUGAUCCUGAAACAGGCCAGCCGACAGUUUUCUUGAGCAAGCCGCACCUGAAAGCCGGAGAAGAACUGGAAGGGGUGCGGAAAGCUUGCAAACUCGCCCGGCACAUACUUGCACUAGGAAAGAGUUUAGCAACUGUUGGGACGACAACUGCUGAUAUCGAUAGGAUAGUUCACGAGGAGAUCAUAAAACAUGGUGCAUAUCCUAGCCCAUUAGGCUACAUUGGCUUUCCAAAAUCAAUAUGUACAUCCAUCAACAACGUUAUAUGCCACGGGAUUCCAGAUACGCGGGCAUUGAAAGACGGUGAUCUUGUCAACUUCGACGUAACGGUGUAUUUGGAUGGAUUUCAUGGCGAUACCAGCGAAACUGUGCUCAUCGGUGACGUUGAUGAAAAAGGUGCACUACUGACUUUGGCAACGAAGGAGGCAAUGGAGAUUGCAAUUAAUGUUUGCAAGCCGGGAGUACCACUUAGUAUGAUUGGAAAGGUCAUCAGUGAAUACGCCCGAAGGAAAGGAUACUCUAGUAGUCGGGAUUUCUGUGGUCACGGAAUAGGACGGCAGUUCCACGAACCACCAAUGAUCUUCCAUUAUGAAAACAAUGAACCUGGCAUCAUGGAGGAAGGAAUGACAUUCACCAUUGAGCCAAUGUUGUGUCAGGGAACUGCGGAAUAUGUCAAAUGGCCAGACAACUGGACGGUGGUUACUCAAGAUGGCGGGCGUUCUGCACAGUUUGAGCAUACUGUCCUUAUCGUGCGUGACGGUGUGGAGAUUCUGACUUGA